AUGGCAUCGGAGGACCCGGUUCAUCCGCUGCGCCUGACAAAGAGCAACACUAUGUCAUCCCCAACCAAGCCCGCGAGUGCCAUCCCCAGGCCGCUAUCUGAGAUAUCGCCAAUGGAGCAUCGGCGCAAUUCGCCCAGCUGGAACCAGCCAACAAAGAAAAUGUCAAUGAACCCAGACUCAUCUCCCUUCCAGCCGUCGCCCAUGGACGGCACCACCUCGCCGCGCCUCUUCUGGCAGAAUCGCGGCUUCAGCUCGGAAAACACCCUGUACGGCAGUACUCGCUCCGGCUCGCCCUCGCCGACGCGACGCUCCUCAAUUGAGCGUCUGCAGAAGGCAUCGCGCGUCAAGAACAGUAACAUUCUUGCGCUCGAGCACAAGCAGGAAUACGACCCCACGAGGGUCCCCCAAGUCGAGCGCCCACUGGCCAAGGUCCAAGGCAAUGCCUUCGGCGGCACCGGCAUCGGUGGCCUGCGCUUAGAACAGCGCGGCUUUGGACACCACAGGAGCGAGAGUAAAACCAACAUCCCCAUCUAUAGCCCCGCUGCUACCUCGCUGCCGCCCCCGAUGUCGUCGCCCGUGCGCCCAGCGACACCCAGCAAGGACCAGGAAUCACCAAUAAAGUCAUCGCUAUCGACAACGCGAUUCAAGAGCAGCUUCGAUCCCGAGACGGGGAGCUGGUCCGCCGACACGUCUGGCGACGAGCACGAUUUGCCCGAAGGCAGGUUCAUCCACCGCCACGCCAAGAGCGUCACGUUCGACGCGGCACCGCCCCAGGUCAACGAGUAUGAGUUGGCCACCCCAGAUCUGUCUUCCAUCGGUAGCAACUCUAGGGAGGGCAGCUACGAGUCCAAUGAGGAGGACGAAGACGACGAUGAGCAUUACGUGAUGCACGAGGGGGAUAGUCACAACGAAGACAGCUUUGAUGCGUCGCUCGAGGACACGGACAAGACUCCCGUUGUCGGUCCUGACGACUGGAGACAGGAUGGCGCCAGCGACCGCUUUGAGAAGAGCCCGCUGCCCGAAGAUGCGCCAGCGACGGCAAGGCCACAGCACAACCGCACUGACUCGACCAACUCCAACGGCGAGCACAGGCCCUUGCCACCACUCCCUGGCCAGCUGGCGAGGAGCCACUCGACUUCUUCCAACGGGCUCUCUGCUACCGCUGAACGUAUGCUUGGGGCGCAUAGGAGCCUCCCCUCGCCACCGCCGGCUGCCACCACCAAGUCAGAGAUGCAGAACAUUGGCAACACCAGAAUGCCCUUGGAAGAGCGCCUGAGGCUUAUGAUGCUUUCAGACGAUGGCAAGACGGCGGCUGAGCAGCAGCGCGAGCGUCGCAUGCGACGCGCCGGUGCCCGUGACCGUACCGAGAGUCAGACCCCCGAGCGCGAUACUAGAAGCCCUAGCGCGCAGCCCGCUGACGAGGAAGACGACACCAUUGGCGAUAUCUCGGGCCUCGAAGAGUACCAACUGCCUCCACGUAUUUCGCGUGAAUCAAUUAUGCGUCGCGUCAAUGGCAACAAGCUCUUUGAGCGCGAGUCGGACUACAACUUUUCCUCGCCAGCUCCGAGUUCUUCUCCAGAGCGUCCUUUCCACUACGAUCCUGACGUCCCAAUCCCUAGCACCGAGGAUUCUAUGCUAGAUGAUGUCGACGAAGAGGAUGAAGAGGGCAGUGUUAUUAUCAACCGAGACCACGAUAAGGACUAUGAUGUCGAUUCGAUUACUGAUAUGUACCGGAACUCCGAGACUCCGGAUGAUGAACUUUAUGAACGGAACAAUCACGGCGUGAAUGCUUCUGAAAAGGAGCGCCUUGAAGACGACAGCGAGAGCCAGUAUUCUGCCGAUGAACUGCCCAGCACUAUGAGCCAAGAUGCAGCAGAGGACGACCAGGCCUCCACUCCGCGGGCGGGAAGCCCGGCGAAUGAUGUUCCCGAGCCCCUGGUAGGGCCAGACGUCUCUGAGACGCUCCAGCUGCCAGAGGAAAACAAAGAGAAUGACUUCUCGAAGAGCUUUGAGUCCUACAUGUUGCCCAAACCCACAGAGGAACCCACACAGACUGGCGAGCCCGAGAAGCACAAGAUGGCCGAUGCGCAGACAUACAUGCAACGCCCAUCGACGCCUGAACGACCACUGGCUGGCUCUCUUUCCAAGCCUGAGUAUGAUGGGUCUGGAUGGGGCGAGCCAGAGGACGAGUACGACGAGCCCAGCACUCCCGAGUCUGUCAUUCACCACCCUGUAUCUGAUAGCGAAGAAGAAGAAGCCCGAGCCUCGCCCGCGAUUCCGGAGCAGCUGGCAACCAUCAAGUCGGCGUCGGGCUCCAAGCUCAAGACUCGACCUUCGGCAACACCAUCCGACAUCAUGGCUAUGCGCGAGGCCCGCCGCCAUGUCAGCCGCGAGGUCCCUGUGCCCCCGAUUCCGGAGCGCCACCGUAGUCGCUUGUCGAGAGAUAUGGAGGUCGACUUCUCCGAGUCUACCGGCGAUGACUUCCUAGACCGCCACCCGAGCUUCAAGAAGCGCAGUCUAACGCUAGAUCUUGAUCUCGGCCUUAGUCUUGAUAAGGACUUUGACAGGGUUAUUGAGGCACAAAAGCGCGGAUACCUCAUGCGCCAAAACACCAAGCUUGUUGCUGCGAGCGACAAGGAGUCUGACGAGUUUCGUUCUUGCCGGUCGGCCGGAAACUCGCCUGUUAAACAGACCCGUCCUCAGUCAUGGACAGUCGAGCCUUGGAACGGCCAACCAAGAGCGCGGAGCGUUAGGAAGAGACACGCCGCCACCGGUCCCGUUCCCCCAUUGCCUGGCCAGGAAAGCAACGCCGUGGCAAUGAACACACUCAACGAGGAAGAGAUUGCCGCAGAGAUGGCCACUGUGGAUAGCGGUGAGAGAGGCCGGCUAUUUGUCAAGGUGAUGGGUGUCAAAGAUUUGGAUUUGCCUAUUCCAAAGAACGAACGGACUUGGUUCAGCCUGACACUUGACAACGGAGUCCAUUGUGUUACGACGGCCUGGAUGGAGCUGGCAAGAAAUGCGCCUAUCGGGCAAGAAUUUGAGUUGGUCGUGCCAAACGACUUGGAGUUCCAGCUGACGUUGAACGUAAAACUGGAAAAGCCGGCCCCUAAAAAGGUUGCGCCAGCUCCUAUUAAGAUCAGCAAACCAAAGACGUCAACCUUCAGCAGAGUGUUUGCGUCUCCGAGGAAGCGCAAGGAGAUGGAGCUGCGUCACAGAGAAGAGGAGGAACGCCAAGCACAGCAACAACGCGAGGCCCAGGCCAGGCAGAUGAAUACACAGCCCACUGCCUGGGACCUGCUGUCGCCACUCGCUGCUGGGGACGGCAGUUUUGCUCGGUCUUACGUGUGCCUCAAGGAGCACGAGACGAAGUGCUUUGGGAGACCGUACCUGGUCGAGGUUGCCGCCUUCAAUGAGUGGGCAACCGAGGAGGCUGGCUUCGCCUCGAGCGUCAAGAGCAAGCGCGGAAACACUGCAGUGGUCCGCCGCGCGCCUUACAAGAUCGGAAAGCUGGAGCUCCAGCUGCUCUUUGUGCCCCGUCCCAAGGGAUCUACUGACGACGACAUGCCCAAGAGCAUGAACUCGUGCAUCCGAGAGAUGAAGGUGGCCGAGGAGCGCCUAUCUCGUAACUGGGAGGGACCUCUUAGCCAACAGGGCGGCGACUGCCCGUACUGGCGCCGUCGCUACUUUAAGCUCGUGGGAACCAAGCUGACUGCGUACCACGAGGCGACUCGGCAGCCGCGCGCCACCAUCAACUUGGCCAACGCCAAAAGGUUGAUUGACGACCGGCGGGCGCUGUUGGAGAAGGAGACGCUGGGCAAGGGUGGCAAGCGUCGCCGCUCCGGUUUUGCCGAGGAAGAGGAGGGCUACAUGUUCGUGGAAGAGGGCUUCCGGAUCCGGUUCAACAACGGCGAAGUCAUUGACUUUUAUGCCGACAGCACCCAGGAUAAGGACGGCUGGAUGAAGGUUCUUUCCGAGAUCAUCGGCCGCGACAGCCUUGGCAGCGGCUCUGGACUCGACGACGACGCUGCGACGUCGCGUGCGAAAGGCAAGUGGUGCGAGCUCGUCCUUAAGCGAGAGGAGACGCUCCGUCGUCGGGUCGAGGGCCGGAGGGUCCACUCGCGCACCAAGAGCAUGUACCUUUGA